AUGAAUAGUUUCAAUGCAACAAGCGAUAUUGAUACGUCAGCAAUAUCGAUAGCUUAUUUUCAUCGUUUACUUAAACGUUUUGGUGUUGUUUAUAUGGCACUUGUAAUUAUAUUUGGAAUUAUUGGUAAUUCUAUGUCAUGCUAUGUUUUUGUUCGAAGUAAACUUAAACGUUUAAGUUGUAGUUCCUAUUUGAUUGCUUUAUCUUUAUCUGACAAUGGUUAUCUUAUAUGUUUAUGUCUUAUUUGGUUGGAAAAUGUACAUUUAUAUAUAUUUCAUAAUCAUGGAAUAUGUCAAUUUGGUGUUUAUCUUACAACAGUCUGUAGUUCGUUGUCUGUAUGGUUUACAGUUGCAUUUACAACUGAACGUUUUGUUGUUGUUGCUUAUCCAUUAAAACGUUCUCAAUAUAAUUCAACAAGUCGUUCUCGUUAUGUUAUAAUUCUUCUUACAAUUUUAGCUUUUGUUCUUUAUUCAUCAUCAUUAUGGACAUCAGGCAUUGAAAUAGCGAAAUCCGAACGACCAAACUCUCCUCUAUAUGAAACACGUUGUGUUACAUUACGUCGUUGGGUUAAAUUUACACGACAAAUGAAUAUAAUAGAUUUUUUUCUUACAUUUAUCAUACCAUUUGUAACAAUUCUUACAUUAAAUACAUUAAUUAUAUUAAAAUCUGGUCAAUAUGAUCGUUUAUUAGAACGUAAUUAUAUUCAACCAUCAACAUAUAUAUUACAUAAUUUAUUAGAACAUCGUUUACGUCGUUCAAAAUAUCAUCGACGUAUAACAAAAAUGUUAUUAAUUAUUUCAACAACAUUUUUAUUAUUAAAUACUCCAAUGCAUUUAUUAAAAAUUUAUUAG